AUGAAUAGCUCUAGCAAUCAGCAGAAUUAUCCUAUUGUUGUCAUAGUUGCCAUGGGAGGAGUUGGGAAAACUACACUAGCUCAGAUCGUUUACAGCGAUGAUGCUGUAACACGUCACUUUGAAUAUAAGUUGUGGGUGUGUGUUUCCCAAAGUGCUAAUCAGAAGGAGGUAUUUAAUCGGUUGUUGGAAUCCAUCAAUCAAAAGAAGGAUGACUUUUCAAGUUUGGAUGUUUUGGUGAACAGUCUCAAAAAGAACCUGCAGAAUAAGAGAUAUUUGAUAGUUCUCGACGAUAUGUGGAAUGAUAAGCACAAUGAAUGGGACAAUAUGUUGAAGACUUUGUUGCUUAUUGGCGCUCAAGGAAGCAAAGUGAUCGUGACAACACGAAGUAAUGAAGUUGCCUCCAUGACGAGUUCUUUAUAUAGGUACAAAUUGGGCAAUUUGUCUGACAAAGAAUGUUGGACUCUGUUUUAA